AGCGGCAGCGCCCGGUUCCCGCAGCAACUCGCCAUGACGGCGGCGAUGCGGCAGCGCUUCGACCGCUUCCUGCACGAGCAGAACUGCCUCACGGCGCUGCUGGCGCGCAUCGAGAGCAGGACCGGCGUGAGCCGCACCUACAUCGCGCUCGCCGCCGUGGGCGCGCUCGCCGUCUACCUGGUGAUCGGCUACGGCGCCUCGCUGCUCUGCAACCUCAUCGGCUUCGUGUACCCUGCGUACAUCUCAAUCAAGGCUAUUGAAAGCCCCAACAAAGAUGAUGACACGCAGUGGCUGACUUACUGGGUUGUGUACGGUGUUUUCAGCAUAGCAGAAUUCUUCUCUGAUAUCUUUCUGUCGUGGUUCCCUUUCUACUACAUGCUAAAGUGUGGCUUCCUGCUGUGGUGCAUGGCUCCAAGCCCCUCCAACGGGGCAGAGCUGCUCUACCACCGAGUCAUCCGCCCCUUCUUCCUGAAGCACGAAGCGCAGCUGGACAGCGUGGUCAAAGACCUCAAGGACAAGGCUGCGGAAACUGCAGAUACCAUCACUAAAGAAGCCAAGAAAGCAACAGUGAAUUUGCUGGGUGAAGAAAAGAAGAGCACUUAAGCUAUUAACUGGAUAAGGAAUGUUUCCCUACCACCUUCUUUAUAAAGUUUCACGUUACUGGGGAUUGUGGUAUAAUUUUAAUAAUGUUGCCUUGGAAACAUUUUGAUAUUAAAGGAAUGUGUUGUCAGUUUGCUUACUACUUUGCUGUUGUCUGUAUAGAAAGUAAGCAUUUUUAUUUAAAAGCAAUGCAGUGGGUGUAAGCAUCUGAAGCUUAUUGAGAAUACUUCAUUCAUCUUCAUGCAGAAGAAAUCUUUCAGUAAUCACUUCUGCAGUAACAUAAAUAAAAAGUAUGUAUCCCACAGGCUCUGCACUUUAGUUGUCUCUUUGUGCAUGUAAUUACUCUUAACUGUGGUGUGUCUGCUAACAUAAAAUUUUAUAUGAGGAAGAUGUAGCCUGAAAGGAUUCUCUUGAAUAUGCAGGGCAUUACUGGGAGGCGGCAUGGUGGAUGUAUUCCCCAUUAAUGGAACUGUAAAUGAUGAAACUGUUCUGAGCGCCUGAUAAUAGAGAUUAUUCACUUCACUCUUGCAUGUUUCAUUGUAACUUGCAAUAUUUGGUACAGUGUGUGUAUUCUUAAACAGAUAGAUACUAAAUAUAGGAAAGAGUAACUUAAUUCAUUGAUCCAGUUUACAUAAAUGUGAAAUAAUUUGCCAGGAAUUGAUGCAUUAAGUUGAGAGCACAAGAUUGCUGAAGUUCAACCCUUGGGCCUUUUCUUGUUAAAAGUUAUCAUCUAAAGUGGAAAACAGAGUGCCUUGUAAGAUGACAUUCGAAAGCACAAACUGCUUUUCACUGAGGAGUGAUGCCACUGCAGGCACCGUUUCUGAAGGCCUGUUGAAAUAGUUACUGCCCUGGAUGUCCGUUCCCAGAAGGACAUCAGUGAUUCACACCACAACCCCUCCUAAAAAUGUGGGUUUUGGUUGCUUGGUCUGCUCCUGACCAACCAGUGUGGAUGCAAGCAAAGAUGUUAAUAUGACGUCUUGCAAUUCAUGGAAAGAAGGAAGAGAACUGAAUUCAGAAUAUGGAGAAGUUCAAGCUUAAAUUUUUGAUACGAUAAAAAGUGAUUUCUAUAUCCACUAACCUAAAUAGAGUAAGUUGUAACCUUAGAAUAGUCGCUUUCGGUCUUCCACAACAAGUUGAUAUACAGACAUUCAGUCUCAAUUGUCAGGUGCUAGAACUGUCUAAGAAUGAAGCAUGCACUAUUACGUGGCAGAUCAGUUUUAAAUCUGAGAGAUACCCAUAAUAAGAAGAGAUGUAGUGGUGUCCUAAGUGUAAGCUGUGUCCAGUAAGCUGGAAAACACAGCUGGGACUUUGUCAGACAGCACCCGCAGCUGGUCAGAGAGCCACUACAGCAGGGACACAGGAAAUGCACCGAGCCUCAUGUUCAGUCCUGCAGCGUAUUCCGUUUGUUAUUUGUAAGAAGACCACAGAAUACUGGAGUAUGCACGUGAAAACACUUGAAUGAUUACUCAGUGAUGCCUUUUUGGUUACAAACGGAUGCACAGCAAAGACUAAAGUUUACAGCAAAGCUGUAGAUGUGAGCAAGUAGAAAUGCUGAGUGGCUCGCAAUAAGCAAUCUGUUCUCUUGUCCUAGCUUCCUGUCUUUAGCCCACUGAACUUUAAAACCAUCCUAAAGCCUGUUGUAUUUUAAACAGCUACAUGCAUAGCGGUUGUAUGUGGUCAGUGUAGUUUAGCUUCACCUCAUUAAAAUAAAUAAUGAUACUUGUACUUUGUGCUCUAUUUGACUUAGGUACAAAGUGCUGUAAGAACUGCAUUUCUAAAAGCUGUUGGUAAGUCUGAGACUUUCCAAAACUGUUCAGUUCUGUAGCACAAACAAAACUUAAUUCCCAAAUCAAUUGUCAUUUAUUUAAAAUUUCACUACUAUCAGUGAGAAAAAGCACUUUUAGGUAAGUGUUAGAGUGACAUUCGUUUACCUUUCUCAGAACUAACUUAGUAGUUUGGCUUCAGAUCUACUUCCUAUAUUUAAACCCAGUAUUUCUUAAUCCAACAGCUAAAUUUGUGCUCCUUAUCAGAUUUCUUCUGGAGGGUAGAACUAUCACUUGUUUGAAAGUCGUUGUUGAUGAGACUUAAUGUUGUUUGUGUUGUUGCAAACACAAACGACCAUCUACAACGUUUGUGGGCUUCUACAGUGAUUUAGUUCUGAUAACUAACAUAUCAUGUCCUCAAAGAACGGUCACUCUGUUCCAAAGACUGAGAGACUUCUGG